UCAUCAGAAAAGGAGAAAUGGUGAGAAUUAACUUUGUAAGAAGGGUAAUUUUUCCUAAUAAUUUUCAGUUCAUUCCCUUUGCUUUUGUCCUGUAUAGCAAGGCUAUUUCCAUGCCAGAUUCCCCAUUGAAUGAGAACCCUGAGCUUGUGGAAGUGCCUGAAGGAUGCCCUGUUCCUCUGCAGGACACUCAGCCUGAAACAGGAGCCUGAGCCCUCUCUGGGGAAGCCUCCUCCGAGCUGGAAUUUGUGCCGUGCUGGGAGAGGAGGAGCAGGGGAGAAGGCUGGGCGCUGUGUGGCAGGAGCAGGAGGUUUGGGCCGCAGGACAUUCCGCCUGGGCUGCUGCCCCGCAAUGGGCGGCCGUGCCCGGGGCUCUGGGCCCGGCCCCGCGUGCGCUGAGCUCCCGACACUGCGGGAGCUGCCCGGGCUGGGCUCAGGAUCCUGCUGGGGCUGGGCAGCAGGCUGGGCUCCCACUGGGACCAGCAGCAGCUGGAAACACCUCUGGGCAUCUCCAUUUUCUGCUGCUGCUCAGAAGGAACAAUGAAGCGAGGAGAAAAGUUCUGAUAUCUCUUUGUCCUGGUGGAUUUUUUCAUUGCAUUUGACACUCCAGAGGCAAUUUCUGUGAUUCUAUUUCAGCAGCUCCAGUAACAGGGCUGUGUUUGAGCACUUUAAAAGUGGCCUGUGUGUCUUUAGUUCUCCUCAAUUUUGUGCUCAGGGACUUGUGAACAUUUCAAAUCUGCUACUCAUGAUGCCUGCAACAUAUAGCCUGAGUUCCCUGUCACAAAAGCACCCUGGGUAGCACUGAUUGAAAAAGACAAUUUCAGCUUUACAGAUAAAAUUCAAUUGGCAAGCAGAAGAAGGAGAGCAGCCAAGAUCUACAAUUACCAAGGCAAAGGCAACAAAAAGGCAAGAAAAGCCUUCUGCUGUCACCUCAGGAGGGAGAUACUGGCAACCAGGAAAAGCUUCAAAAAGACAUUUCUGCUGAGAAGCUGCUCCUCUCCCAGCCCAGCAGGGCUGAGGGCACUGCCUGCAGGCACUGAGGGGACAGGAGCCAGGCACAGACAGGCUAAAGGCAAUCAGGACUGGCAAGACAUUGAGCUGAGACUUCACUUGGGGAAACAUCUUCACAGCCCUGGACAUGUGCAUGAUGCCCAGAGACAGCAAAUGUCCAACAGCAGCUCCAUCAGCCACUUCCUCCUGCUGCCUUUGGCAGACACGCGGCAGCUGCAGCUCCUGCACUUCUGCCUCUUCCUGGGCAUCUCCCUGGCUGCCCUUCUGGGCAACGGCCUCAUCAUCAGCGCCGUAGCCUGCGGCCACCACCUGCACACCCCCAUGUUCUUCUUCCUGCUCAACCUGGCCCUCACUGACCUGGGCUGCAUCUACACCACUGUGCCCAAAGCCAUGCACAAUUCAAUCUGGGACAACAGGAACAUCUCCUACUCAGGAUGUGCUGCACAAGUUUUCUUCUUAUUUUUUUUUAUGUCAGCAGAGUUUUUCCUCCUGACUGUAAUGUGCUACGACCGCUACGUGUCCAUCUGCAAACCCCUGCACUACGGGACCCUCCUGGGCAGCAGAGCUUGUGCCCACAUGGCAGCAGCUGCCUGGGCCAGUGCCUUUCUCAAUGCUCUGCUGCACACCGUCAGUACAUUUUCCCUGCCCCUGUGCAAGGGCAAUGCCCUGAACCAGUUCUUCUGUGAAAUCCCUCAUAUCCUCAAGCUCUCCUGCUCCAAAUCCUUUAUCAGGGAACUUCAGCUUCUUGCUGUUAGUGCCUGUUUAGGACUUGGCUGUUUUGUGUUCAUUAUUUUCUCCUAUGUGCAGAUCUUCAGGGCUGUGCUGAGGAUCCCCUCUGAGCAGGGACGGCACAAAGCCUUUUCCACCUGCCUCCCUCACCUGGCUGUGGUCUCCCUGUUUCUCAGCACUGUCCUUUUAGCAUACCUGAGGCCUCCCUCGACCUCUUCCCCAUCCCUGGACCUCGCACUGUCAGUUCUGUAUUCGGUGGUGCCUCCAGCCCUGAACCCCUUCAUCUACAGCCUGAGGAACCAGGAACUCAAGGCUGCAGUGUGGAGACUGAUGACUAGAUAG